AUGCUGCAAAACGCACUGCUUGGAAUGAAGAAAGGAAGAGGCGCCCUAUCAAGCUACCGCCCAAAUGCAUCCAGCUUUUUUUCGUUUGCCUCCACGCUAACAUUCUUCUCAGUUGUUCUGGGCAUAAAAUGGGUGGUUUUAAUAUAUGCCAUGUACUACAUUAUGGCAUGCAAGAAGAUUACUCUAUACUAUCAGCCGACUGAGCACAAUGCCUUUAUUGUGUCCAAGCUGAAAGGUCUAGAGCGUGUCUUCUAUCCGCAUAUUCUGUGGAUCCUUCCCCAGAUACAGACAGUUUCGUACUUCGUGCGCACGCCUCGGCACCAUAAAAGCACACAAAUAGAAAUAGUUCAGGAUGACGGAGGUUCUUUUGUCAUUACCGUAUACGAGCCUGAAGUGCCAGCCACUCACACGGUUAUUACACUUCAUGGGCUAGGCGGCUCUGCAAAUUCAAAGAACGUGCGGAUACUUGCCUCGCAUCUUCUUAAUGAAGGGUAUCGAGUGAUUGGGCUAAGUGCCAGAGGAACAAUUAAAAAGCUCCGUACUCCUGAGUUUUUUCAUAUAGGCUGGAACAAGGACCUGGUGCGUACUUUUAAGCAUGUUCUGAGCACGUAUACGGGAACUGUCUCUGGCAUAGGAUUCAGCCUGGGUGGCCACUGGCUGACAAAAACAUUUGGCGAGAUGGAUCUUCACUUUACACAGGAGGAAAUAUCCCGGAUAAAAGGGGGCAUGGCCAUCUCCAUUCCUUUUGACUUUGUAAAGAUCUCUGAGUACAUGAUGAAGCCCAUCCCCAGGCGCAUAUAUAACAGAGAGUUUGCCAAGAAAAUACAUAGAUUUAUAGACAGAAAUAGAGAGCUCUAUGAGGAGCACGGGUACCCUGUGUCUGCCCUUCUGAAAAUGAACUCAAUGCAUGAGCUAGACACGUCUUUUACAGCAAAGGUCUUUAACAUACCGGACCUGGAGGAAUAUUAUUACAAAGAGUCCUGUGUGCGGGUUAUCCACAAAAUUAGAAAGCCAUUCUUUAUACUUAACUCAAAGGAUGACCCAAUUGUUCCUUACUACACGAUUCCCAUAAAGGAGUGCGUCCAAAGCACUCACGUUAUACUUGGCUUAACUGAGCGAGGCGGGCAUAUGGGGUUCCUUGGAUACUCCAACCACAAAAGCUAUGCAGAGGAGGCAGCCAUUGAAUUUAUAUCAGUGAUAUCUUCAAUGUAG